UCCGAGCCGAUGGCCUCAUGACAGGAGCCGGCAGGCAGCGGUGGUGAGUGGGCCGACAUGAUCCACGGACACGCUGGGAGACCGCUUCUGCUUGCCCUCACCUGCGUGUUGCUCUCCGGAGCCUCGCCAUGGUCACACCGCCAGGAGGAUGCCCGUUACGGUGACAGUGAGCAGUGCUCUGACAACAACAUCUCCACCACUCAGUACUCCUGUGUCAAGUCCAGUGGGGAAGUGGCUACAUGUUACAGAAAGCAGUGUUGCCAGGGCUUCAAGUUUGUGCUGGGCCAGUGUAUUCCUGAAGAUUAUGAUGUGUGUGCUGGCGCCCCCUGUGAGCAGCAGUGUACCGAUCAUUUCGGCCGAGUGGUGUGCACCUGUUACCCCGGCUACCGAUAUCACCGCGAGAGGCACAGGAACCAUGAGAAACCUUAUUGUCUGGACAUCGACGAAUGCGUCGAGACAAACAAAACGGCGUGUUCUCAAAUCUGCGUCAACGCGGUGGGGAGCUUUAGGUGCGAGUGUGAGACGGGCUACUUCCUGGAAGAAGACGGGCGAACAUGCACCAAGGGAGAGAGAGCGCUGCAUAUUUUGGACCAGUCCGACAACGUGAUGAACGCGGGGACCUGCUCGGCCACGUGCGACGACUUCCAGCAGAUCAAGACGACCGUGCUGCAGCUCAAACAGAAGAUGCUGUCAAGCAGUGGUGAUGCUCUUGAGCAAAGGACCAAUGACAAAAUUCCAGUGUCCACUACAGUUUUUUUGACAGGACCCCCGGGCCUUCCCGGUCCACCAGGCACUCCAGGACCUGAAGGACCAGGGGGUCCUAAAGGACAAUUGGGGCCCCCAGGCCCUCCUGGACCAAGGGGCUUGAUGGGUCCCAUGGGGCCCACACCAGACUUGUCCCACAUCAAACGAGGCCCUCGCGGAGCUGUGGGGCCUCCUGGAGCACCGGGAAAAGACGGACGGAAGGGUGACCGAGGAGCUCCCGGGCUUGUUGGACCUCCAGGCCCUCCAGGCUCCUUUGACUUCCUGCUCCUGCUCAUGGCCGACAUCCGCAACGACAUCGCCGACCUUCAGGGUAAAGUGUAUGGCCAGGCCCUCCUCUACCCGGGGGAGGAGCCUCCUGCCGUCUGGAGGGAUGGUCAGGACGCAGGCUCGGGUGAGGACUUCAAAGAACCACCGCCUCCGCAUUCCAGAAAGAACCGGAAGAGGAAACCUCCGCGAAGAGACUGGAAUGAUUGAGGGGAGUGAAUUUUUAAAUACUGAAUGCGAGGUGUAAAUAUUGACCUGUUAUUAUUGUUAUUUAACUAUUUUUGACAGCCAAAACCAUCCCAGAUGUUUAUUUUUCUAUAAUGUGCAUAUUUAAAAAAACAUAACUAUACUUUAUAGACAUCAACUUCCUUACAGCACAUUAAAAGAAAAACAGGAAUCCUCCGUUUAUUUCUUCAACCUUAUAUGUACUUUAUUUCAUCAUGACACAGAAUGAAGUUAAAUGUAUUCUUCCAGUCUCCUUCAAUAAGCCUGUGAUGCGCCGUCGCCAUGGCAGCAACAAAACAACACGAGGAAGAUAAAGUGAAUGGAAAAUUGUUAUUACUGACGUGGUCACGCUCAUCCAUACUCAGCUGAGGCCUGAAGGCUUGUUGACAUACUUUGCCGCAUCGGUCGCUCUGUUGUAAAUCUUCACGUAAUAACACACGUGUUCAUAGUUUAUGCACUUCGGUGUCCUAGCAGGAACACACGCCAGCACAAAAGAUAACAACAUGACUCAUACUUUGCGCCUGAUAGGGGACGCAUGUAUGGUCAAGCGUUACAUAUCAUAAACACAGUAGAGCAAGAAACCAUAUUUGGUCACUUUAGAUGACGUUCAGUGGAACGAUAAUUAAUGAUGAUUUCUGAAAUUAAAAGAGACAAGCGGUAGAAAAAUGGAUGGAUGGAUACUCA